AUGUUUAAAAAUAGACAUAUUUCAAACACCUUCGCAAAAAGAAGCGUUAAUUUGAGCGUUGAAAGUGAUGCUGCAGCACAAAUUUUACCAGUCUGUGAAAUAAUCAGACCGAAAAAGAGAAGAGAAUUAAAUAAAAAUAAUUCUAGUUCCAAUAAGGGCGUAGAUGAUGUGGUAUAUAGUACAAACAGGGAUGAUGAUAUAAGAGACACAAGAGCAACAUCCACAUAUGAAAUAGAUACCAGUAGUGAGCAUGACUGCCGGGCUACGCUUGAAAGGAAUUUGAAGAUUGGCAAACAGAUUUUGGCAGGGGAAUUAAAGGAUAAGGUUUACCGCGGAAAAGGUGCUUAUCGACCUGCAAUUACUAUGGAAGAAUCAUCAAUAGCAGCUUCAAAAUAUACUGGUUUAUAUGGACCAGUACGAGCCUCCACCACAAAUGUAAGAUCGACGCUUCGUAUUGAUUACCAACCGGAUAUUUGCAAAGAUUACAAGGAAACUGGCUAUUGCGGUUUUGGAGACACCUGCAAAUUUUUGCAUGAUCGUAGUGAUUACAAAUCAGGUUGGCAAAUUGAAAAGGAGUGGAAUGAGCAACAGAAGUUGAAGCAACAGAAACUUAAUGCCAAACUUGAAAGGUUUAAACGAGGUCAAAUGGGAGAAGAUCUUGAUAGCGAGGCUGAAGAAUGUAUUUCCAGCAGUGAUGAAAUUACAGAUGAUGAUUUGGAAGAUGAAAUUACUCCAGCUGUUAAGAAGAUGAUUAGGAAAUGCAGAAAGAUCGAGCUACCUUACGCAUGCCUUGAAUGCAAGAGAUUUUGGAAACUAGAAAUGCAUCCUGUUAAGCUUUCAUGUGGGCACUAUUUUUGUCAAGAUUGUGCCGUAAAAUCGUACCAACAGUACGGAAAAUGCAAUAAAUGCGGUUUUACGUUAGAUGGAAUCAUGAAUGAGGCACAGAAGCUUUUAGAAUUAUUAAAUUGA